CUCAGCCCUCUCACACCGGGCCUAUUGUCAGAGCCUCCAUUAAAGAGCUGACGUGACGGCCUGUGCUAGGAGGGAAGAGGACUGGGCACGAGUCACUGGUGAGGGGACAGAGUUAGCAACACGGAGGAUCAACAAAACAGCAUUAAAAAUGAGUGUCAACACCGUGAAGUUUGCUGUGGUGCUGCUCGGUGUUAUGUUGCCUUCGACUCUCUCCUCAGCUACACAAAUGGGUCUUCCUGACAAAGUCCUGGUCUUCCCUUAUGAGACGGACUUCAGCUUCGUGGCCCUGAUCCCUCAGAAGGAGAUGGGUCUGAAGGCCUUCACCCUCUGCAUGCGCGUGGCCACCGAGCUGCCGGAGGAGCGGCAGAUCAUCCUGUUUGCCUACCGCACCGCCGACUACGACGAGCUCAACGUGUGGCGCGAAAAGGACGGACGCGUCUCCUUCUACAUGAGCGGAGACGGCGCCUUCUUUCACCUGCCUCCCAUCACCACCUUCCGCACCAGCCUCUGCCUCACCUGGGAGUCUCGCACCGGCCUCGCCGCCUUUUGGGUGGACGGGAAGCGCAGCACCUACCAGGUGUACAAACCGGGGCACAUCAUCCGCCCCAAAGGCACCAUCCUCCUGGGGCAGGACCCUGACAAGCACCUGGGGGGUCUGGAGGCCGUGCAGAGCUUCGUAGGGGAGGUGACUGAUCUGAACAUGUGGGACUUUGUGCUCUCCAGGAGCAUGAUCCAGGCCUGGCACUACGGGCACAAGGUCCCCAAGGGAAACAUCUUCGACUGGGCCACCAUCGAGUACGAGCUGAACGGGAAUGUGAUGGUGGUGGACGAUGACUGACUCGAUGUGAAGUCUAACGCAGAGAGGGAUCAGGCUUUAGAGGUCGGGGUUGGACUCAUAUGUGUUCCUGUCUUUCUUAGAUUCAGUGCUGUGCAUCCAUGAAAUCCACAACUCUCUAUAAUGCUGCAUGACUUUAAAAUCAGUAUCUAAUUUCUUCAUUUCAUAGCAGCCUUCACUGUGUCUCAGAUCCCUUGUCUUGAUUGUUGGGAGAACAUUCAGACUAAUACGGACUAUGGGAGUUGAUGUGCCUGAUGUAUCCAUAGGGUGGCACUCUGUACUAGUUCACAUCACACUGCUACUUGUCUCAAAUUAAGCAUGAUCAUACCCCAUGUGCAUCCACUAAUUGGAUUCAACACCUGUAACAUAUUAUGUUUCCACAAUCUAAACCUGUUUCAUUUCUAGACUUUAGUUUUGUUUGCACAGGAUGAACAUAAGAAAAUAUCUAAAGAUUGCUAUAAUGUGUUUAAGGACAAAUUUAAUCAAUGAUCAAAAAGUUUUUAGUAGUAAAAACUGAUUUAAAUAAUAUCACCUAACUAAAAUUCUCAAAAUUAACACACUGUAAAAAAAAAAAAACUGUCCACAUAAAUAACAUUGAUGAUUAAAAUAUUAAGGAGAUAUUGAAACAGCAAACAGGGACUUAAUGGACAAACAGCAAAUUAGUUCGUGAACUCACUCGUAAAUUUUCCAUGUGUCAGCUGAUGUAAGAGCUCUUUUGGGUCUGAAAUAAAGUCCUGCCGUGUGCGUAACUAAUAAUGUUUGUAAUUAAAAGAGAAUAUUUAGUCUUUGAA